AUAAAGAUUUCAUAGCAAUUAUAGUGCAUGGAGAAUUUAAUAUAGAUAUUUUUGAUAUCGCCUUCCUUUCACCAUGGAGACGGUGUUACAUGGCAAAGUCGACACAGCCCUAAGUUCCCCACACCAGGUUCUAUAUGAUGGCAGAAGUAAAACGUAUAAACCUUGCAAUAAUGUGAAUGCAGAAUAUUUUAAAGAUGGAAAACAUUGUUGGAUAAGCGAUGGAUCUACAUUAACAAUCCUUAAGCAUGGAUCUUCAUAUAUAGAGUCAUAUAGUAACUUUGAACGAUAUUUCGAAGGAUUCAACGUCAAAAUAACUUGUUGCAAGAAAUACAAAAACUAUCUUUUGGUCGGUUUGAAAACAAGUGAUGAGAAAGGAUACGUUUGUCUUCACUAUCCCAACAUUGGAAGGAACCUCAAAACAAUUGAAUUCCCAUAUCCUGUUACAUCGCUAGAAGUAAUCCUCACUGAGGGUGGAGCAAAUACUUCAUCUGUGGGUUUCUCACAGAAGUUACGAUGGUUGUUUGGAGUUGUUGCUGUUGGUACUGAAGGAGGACAUAUAUAUCUACUUGAUCUAAGGCUUGAUGAAGAAAUUGACAUCCUUAGACAUAAAUGUCACAUCUCUAGUGUAGAAGCCGUGCCAACUGUGGUACGUGAUGUACCUCGCUUAAGAGAUGAAGUAAAUCAACAGAAAUCCCACCUCGCGUUUGAGUUAAUAGAAUCGUCUCAUGAGAAUGGCAGCUUCCAUUACAUAACAAUGGAUGAUCAAAUUAUUGAAACUUUUGAUUCGAACGAUAUCUCAGUCUCCUCCAUGUAUUUUGAACCACGCGCCACUUCGCUUUUUGUCGGCUUUUCAUUCGGACAAUUCCAUAUAUUCUGCCUCAAAAGUUUAUCACUUGUAUUCAGCAGCGACACUCAACAAUAUGCAUCAGCUGUGGUGAAGUUCGCUUUCCAAGAACCUGAAAACGAUCCUCGGAAUUUCUGUUAUUUAUGGCUUGUUAAGCAAUCAAUGGUGGAUGAAGAAACAAAUGAGAACACAAUGAACGCCACCAUGUACCAACUAAUGUUUCAACAUAAAGAAGUUGUCCAUACACCAAACUCCAUCACAUCACUAUACAGUAAUCUUGAGUGUUGCUCGGCCAGGUUUGAACUGAUAUUAGACGCAACACUUGGUGUAAAACCAAUGCCUGGGAGGUCACACCUGUUGCAAUGUACCAGUGUGGAACAUUAUUGUCCGAUGAACCGAAUAUUAAACGAGGAAGACAAGGAAGAGAACUCGACGCCGGACACAAGCCUCCUAAUACUUGGAUGGGGCACGAUUACUGGAGGGGAGAGUCGUAAUGUGCAGGUCAUUGUGUUUGAUAUUAACAGAUGGUAUGUCUGCCACAUGCCAAGUUGUUACAGAGUUUACGAUGAUGAAGCAAAUUACCUCGUGUUUUGGGAACUUGAUUCUGUUCUUCCGACUUGUAACAGCGAUUUGUUGUGCAUCCACACACCCACAUCCUCAUUGACAAGAUUCAAAUCCAAGCAACACCCGUGUCCGGAGCUUUUCCUUCUCCCAUCGUCCCUCAGCCUCACAACCAACAUCUUACUAUCGGAUCAAACCAUCACUUGUAAAAUGCCUGGGAUACAAAAACAAGUAAUGCAGUUCCUUUCAAACGGAAGAUUGCACUGUUUACUUGAACCAGAUGAAACAUUCCAACAAAUGAUGUUGGUUGGCCUCAUUGAACAGACCAACAUUGUGGCAAUGACGGUUGAUAGAAAACGGGAAAUGAUUUUAUCAGCAGCGUUGGAUCACGGAUUAUUUGGCUUCUUAUCUCGUGUGAUCAGUGACUUAUCAUCAGGAGAACACGCAGGGUCAGGAUGUUCGUUAAGAUUCAUCAUGGAAUGGGCUUGGAAGACUGUGGCCAUCAUCAAGGAUUCAAUUGAUAAUUUAUGUGUCCCCAUAUUUGACUGCGGUGGAGUCCCAUUAGAUGUUUCAGUUCAUAAUCUACUUGCGUUCCAUAACUCGCAACUAUCUGAUAUUGGUCUCGUGUUUAAGAAAUUGUUGCGACAAGCCAUAUCCUCAUCAGAACAAAGUAAAUUGGAAAUGGAAACUAAAGUCAACGUGGUUCAGCUUAUCCGGGAUUACUUAAAGGUGUUGCGAUGGUUUAUAAGCGCUCGUCUCCUUCCAGAGCAAUGGGAGGCUCCUCAGGAUGUCGUUACAUCGGAUGACUUUGCCUUCAUAUAUAAACAUGAUGAACUGGGUUCCAUAUUCAAGGAAAGAAGAAGUGAACUUGGAAAGUUGCAAAGGGCCCAGUCAUCUGGAUCAUCUGAAUCAUCCAGUCUUCUUAUGAUUGAUGGACUUAUUGAAGAUGCAGGGGAAGGGUUGCUGAGUCGCUGGAAGAAAUUAAGUGAAAGUGACGACUCCUGCUGUUACCCACCACCAAGUUUAAUGGCGUUGCUGGAUAUGUAUUACUUGGAUAGCAUGUCCGAUACUAGCAAGCAUUGUAUCGUAACUUACUUUCUGCUCGAUAUGUUGGCCAUGCAUGAAACUAUGGAAGACCAGGAAUCGGAGCGAAGUGAGGAGUUCAUAGCGAUGAAAAACGAACAUCUACAAACUGUCGGUUUAUUCCCGGAAAGAUUCCAACUUCAACACCCAACCACUAAACUUAUCAAAGCAUUCUGGCUGCUGGACCACAAGGAGUUUCAUGAUUCCAUCCGUAUGUUCUGUGAGGCGGGGUCGAGCUGUCCGUCGCUAUCAUGGCAACACCGUCGUAUAUUACUCGCAUAUUUAUUGCAAGGUCAUCAUGACUUGGCGUUACGUUACCUCCUCACUUGCCAACCUCCAACACUGUCGGAGGAAGACGUGAAACUUAAGAUCGAUAUUUAUGUCAAGAACAAUCUUCCUUUACUUGGACUUGAAACGGUAAAAAUCAAUUCUGAACCCGACAACCAGUUAACAUUAUUCUCCCAUCUUUUCACUUCAUGUCAUGAACAACACCUACUCAAAGAUCUCAUCAACCUAUCUGUAUCAAAGGAGGAAGAUGAUCUUGUACUGAAGGUUCUACAAUCCAACGUCAUCCCGAACUCCCAUGAAAUGUUGGUGUUCUACCAUCUACAUAAGUCUCGCCAUGUUGAAGCUAUCAAGGCCUACCACACCAACAAACAUAGAUAUAUGAUGGUAUGAAUGCUCUCACUGUGUUUAG